CGCCUGUUCUUGGCUGUUGGCGUGCGGGGGGAUCACGGCGGCGACAUGGUUUCUCAGGGGAUCCAGAUCAUCGGCAUGGUGAUGUCCGUGGUGGGCUGGUUCAUGGUCAUCGUGGUGUGCGCCCUGCCCACGUGGAAGGUCACGGCCUUCAUCGGGGCCAACAUCGUGACGGCGCAGACCAUCUGGCAGGGCAUGUGGAUGAACUGCGUGGUGCAGAGCACCGGCCAGAUGCAGUGCAAGGUGUACGACUCCAUGCUGGCGCUGCCUCAGGACCUGCAGGCCGCCCGGGCCAUGAUCAUCAUCUCCAUCAUCACCGGCGUCUUCGGCGUCUUCCUGUCCAUCGCCGGGGGGAAGUGCACCAACUGCAUCGAGGACGAGCGCUCAAAGUCCAAGGCCUCCAUCGCGGCGGGGGUGCUGUUCAUCGUCUCGGGGCUGCUCUGCCUCAUCCCCGUCUCCUGGUCGGCCCACAGCAUCAUCACCAACUUCUACAGCCCGCUGGUGAUCUCGGCCCAGCGGUACGAGCUGGGCGCGUCGCUGUACAUCGGCUGGGCGGCGUCCGCGCUGCUGCUGAUGGGCGGAGGCCUGCUGUGCUGGAACUGCCCGCCCAAACACGAACACCGGCAAUAUGUGUCCAACUUCACGCCGGUGAAGAGCAUCUCCACGUCCAGGGAGUACGUCUGAGAGGACGAGGACUGUCAGAGGUCACAUCAAGGUCGCAGGAACUGCAGCUCCUGGAAACAAUGCAGCUCAAGACACCAAUACUCCAACACGUCGCGAAGUCCCAGCUCAGCGACGCGUGAUCAGUUUGUUUUUCUCUGCUCUUCCUGGCAGCAUAAAUAAUGGCUGUUUGCCGUCCAGUUUCGAGUUUCGGGUUUCAGCCAGGAUUGUUGUUUUGCUGCACUCUUCAGCGAUGCUGCACAUCUUGAUCACUCAGUAUAUUCACUUUUUAAAAAUCAACUCCGAAAGACUGAAGUCAUGCUUGCUCCUCAUUUUCAACAUUUUGCUUUCAGUAUCUAUCACCAUUAAACACCCAUUUUCCAGAUAAGAUAACCAUUGCCUGUAAAUAUAACUAGAAAUUUUCAUUUCAGCUACAUCUUACUGCUAAAGACUGUGACUUUGCUAAAAAUUAAAAUGACUAAAAAUAUUGCUUCUACCAUUUAUUAUUUCUAAAUGUUAUCAUACUUUAAAAAGGGGAUUAAAUGUAUGAAUCCCUGUUUCCUGUUUUUGUGUUUUAAUGUAUUUGUUCCCCGUUCUGGAAAUUCUUUGUUUGUUGGUGUAAUUUGUCGUAUCACUGUAAAUAAAGUCUCGCUGGAUAAAUGCUGAC